AUGUUUCAACAGAAAAGACGCCCUAUAGACUCAAAGAAGAAUUUCGGUAAAACUGCGGAUUUCGGCCAAACCACAUACCCCCACCGUCUCAACUUUUACAAUCUCCCUCCCACCGCAGAGGUAACACUGGAACAAUUUGAACAAUGGGCAAUCGAUCGCCUGCGAAUCCUCGGCGAAAUCGAAUCCUGUCUUUACCGCAAUAAAACCCCGGCCGAGCUCUCUGCAACCAUCACCCCUUUGCUAGACCAAUACCUCCCACUUAGCGCAAACACUGCAAAGGCGCGGGGGGAAGAAGAAGAGCGUCGGAAAGACCAUUAUUCGCAUUUUAUCCUUCGUCUUGCGUUUGCGCGGAGUGAAGAAUUGAGGAAUAGAUUUACUAGGGCUGAGACUGUACUAUUCAAGCUCCGCUUUACGACCGAUGACCCCCGAGAAAGGUCUGCAUUUGUUUCUAGCCUGGGUUUUGAUUGGGAAACAGUUGGCGACGAUGAGAAGCGAGCAUUGCGGGAGAGUUUGAUUGCUGCAACGGGAAUGAAGUCAAUAGAUGGAGAAUCGUUCUUCAAAGUCGACUGGGAGAAAGUUAGCGACCUUGUAGAGCAGCGCCGAGUUUUGCUCAGAGCUGGAAAAGCAUAUGUGCCUGUGUCGCAGCAGAUAUCACUCGUACUAGCAGAGUUUACUCAGGGUCUCGAGAAUGCCCUUAAACGCACGGCCCAGGCCCUCCCCCGCCUUGAUGAGGACGACCGGCUUAUCCCAAUUCUUAAUCACCUUUCGUUGGGGUUCACAACAUCCGAAUAUACCAACUCCAACACAACUACACUCAAUGGGGCCACGAUAACCGCCGGUUCCAUCGACGGUCUAGUGCAGUACAUGCCGCUGUGCAUGCGUCACCUCCACACUACCCUUCGCCGUGACAAACAUCUCAAGCACUUCGGCCGGUACCAAUACAAUCUCUUUCUCAAGGGAAUUGGUCUAUCUGUUGAAGAAUCACUCAUUUUCUGGCGCCAGAGUUUCUCAUUGAUGACAGACGAUCAAUUCACAAAGGAGUACCGCUACAAUAUCCGCCACGCCUAUGGCCUCCAGGGAACGGGACGAAAUUACAAGCCUUUAUCCUGCCAGCAGAUCCUCACAGAGCGUGCACCAACUGCGGGCCAAGCCCAUGGGUGCCCAUACCGCCACUUCAGCGUUGAUAACCUUAUUGCCAGCUUGAACGCAGCUGGUAUACAUGAUCGUGACUUACUCAAGGGAGUGAAGACCGACGUGGAGGCAACAAAGUUCCACAUAGCGUGCAACCGGGUGUUUGAGCAUGCACACGCACGAGAGCUUAAGAAAGAGAGCGAGACCGGGAGCGCCAGGUUUAAAGAAACCAUUAUCCAUCCCAACGAGUACUUUACAAGGAGUUUCAUGUUGAGGAAUCCGGACUCAGCGGCGGUGGAGGGGAUGGGAAACCAUCAAGCGGUUGACACUGGCGUAGAUCCGAUGUUAUAA